UUUAAUUUGUUACAAAGUCUGCAUUGUACGUGAACAACGUAUUAAUCAUUAUCCUAGUUCUAGACAUACAUAUAAAGAGCAAAUACAAGAGCUUUACUAUCAAUUGGUUGAGUAUAGCUGUAAAAAUAAUGUAAUUUAAAACAAUGUCAAUAUGUCAAUGAUGGCUCAGUAUAAUGUAAUUUUUGAAAUUAGAUUUAUAGUUUGAACUAUUGUGUUAUUUAGGAAUUAACACAACAAGAGCCAUGCCCAUCAAUGAACACAUCAGAAACAAAAUUAAUGUUGAGGACAGUAUAUCAUCAAUAGCACCACUUAUUUAUAAUUCUGAGUAUGACACUGCUACUGCUGCUAAUCCUACUAAUGCUGAUCUUGUUAAAAGGACGAAUACUACUCCUCUACCUCCUGCUGCUCAAACUGUCAUAUAUGAUAAAGUUACUGGAGAUAUUAAUAAGAGAGGAGGAGGUGUCACUGCUUAUCAGCCAUCUGAAUCUGAUGACAUGUUAGUUGAUAGUGUUAUUUUAUCUUACUCUCUGAUUUUGAUUUUAUAGUUCUGCUAUUCUUCCUCCUCCUUCCUAUGAUGAUACUGUUGCACAAAAACACAGUGCCACCGUGAGCACCAGUUCUCAGUUUGUAGCACCAGUUGCUGA